AUGGCGGCGGCGACCGACACCCUCGCGGCCGUCACGGCCGAUAUACAGAACCUCUACCGUGAGAUCGAGAUGCUCAACGAGUCGGCCGACUACGAGGACAUCUCGUCCGAGUUGUCCGAGUCGUCGUCGUCGUCGUCGCCAGGCGGCGUCACGCACGUUUCCAUGUCGCCCGACGCGGAGAAGUCGUUCGCGUGGAGUCCGCCGGGUGGCGGCACUGCCAGCAAGCAGCUGCUGCACGGGAAGUACUACGCCGUCGGCGGCGACGUUCAGCAUCCGUCCGAGAGCGUGCAGAUCUUCGUCAACCUCGAAGACGUGUCGCUGCCGCCGACGACGACGAACGCGUGCGUGUCCGUGCUGACGACGCCUGACACGACGCGACCGAGCAUGGGAGACAAUCGCGUGCGCAUCGGCGUUGCGCGCGCCGCGACGAAGAAGCUGUCGCAGCUGCCGACGGUGCGAUUCUGCCAGGUGUGCAACGACUACGCGUCGGGCUUCCACUACGGAGCCUGGUCGUGCGAGGGCUGCAAGGCGUUCUUCAAGCGCAGCAUCCAGGGCCCGACCGACUACGUGUGCCCGGCGACGAACUCGUGCACGAUCGAUAAGCAUCGACGCAAGUCGUGUCAGGCGUGUCGGCUGCAGAAGUGCCUCGACGUCGGCAUGAGUCGCAGCGCGAAGCCCGGCGCGCGACGCGAGGUCGACCGACAGCUGGUCCGACAGCGAACGCUGAAGCGGGCCGCCGCCGCUGCCGACGGCGUCGUCGCCGGCGCCGACGAACCGACGGCGGCGAAGAUCAAACGCGAGGUGCCGUCGUGCACGAAUCCGCUCGUGCAGACGAUGCUUGAGUGCGACUACUACAUCGGCCUGUCCGGACACGAUCACUCGGCGACGCUCGACGAGACGACGAUGAUGGCGACAAUCACGAAGAUCGCCGACCGCGAGCUCGUCUUCACGAUCAACUGGGUGAAGCACGUGCCCGGCUACUCGGAUCUGCCGCUCAACGACCAGGUCGGCCUGCUCGAGACGACCUGGUUCGAACUGAUGACGCACGAGCUGUGCUUCCGCUCGAUGCCGCUACGCGGCGACAAGAUCGUCUUCGCUCCGGACUUCGUGCUCGACCGCAGUGCGAUGAAGGUCGCCGGCAUCGAGGCGAUCGGCGGCACGCUGCUGGCCAUCACGAGGAAGUUCGCCGAGCUGCGGCUGUCGCGCGAGGAGCUCAUCUGUCUCAAGGGACUCUCGCUCGUCUCGACGUGCCUCAAAAGUCACGAGAGCGGCUCGCGCGUGCAGAAGAUUGAGACGAGUCUGCUCGAGGCGCUGCACGAGGCGAUCGUCAUCAACGGCUGUCGCGAUCGCUUCCGCAUGGCGCGUCUGCUGCUCAUCAUCUCCGACGUGCGCUACGUCGCCACGCUCGGCGUCGCGCAUCUCUUCCAGCUGAAGACGGAGCAGACGAUUCCGAUGCUGCUGCAGGAGAUGGUGACGGCGCAGUUCAUACAGCAGCACGCGCUGCGCAAGACGUAGCGACGCGUGCGUGCGUGCGUGCGUGUGUGUGUGUGUGUGUGCGUGCGUGCG